AGGGCGCAUGUUACACCUUCCAGCACACGCCAACAAAUUUCAAACUUUUAUUCCUUCUCAAAUGCAGGCUUUCUAUAAGAGAAUGAAAAUUACAGAACAAACUGCUGUUUGAACAUUAGAUCUGCAGUGGGCUUCGGCGGAUAAAUCAACACAGGGACUCGGUGCUAGCCAGAAAAGAAAAAAGUGAAAAAAAUGCCAUCCAAAGUCAUAAAGGAGGAAAGACAGAGAUCAUUCUUGGAAAAUGGAAGCAUCUUAUUGGAGGAUCUCAUUGCUUCUUGUGAUGGAAAAUCAAAUCCUAUUCGUUGUUAUUCUGCUGAUGAGCUCACGAGGGCAACCAACAACUUUGAUCCUUCUUGCAUUAUGCAAGAUUGUUCACCCACUGAAAAUAGUCAAUUCCCCAGUUCUAUACAUGUUUAUGGUGGUUACAAAAUGUUCAGGGGUUUUCUACAUGACCGAUCAAUCAUUGUUAAGAAGUUCAUGGGGACGGGGGAUGAAGCUAAGUCCAUGGCCAUUCGAGACAUUAUUAUAUCAAUACAGAUGAGCAACCAUAAAAAUGUUUUGAAACUUUUGGGCUGCUGCUUGGAGAUUUCUGUACCAGCUCUUGUUCAUGAGUAUGCGAUGGAAGGAGUUCUCAACGAUCACGGAGGUCUAGGGGGUAAUGAAAAUUACUCCUCAUUACCAUGGAAAACUAGACUGCGUAUUGCAAAGCAGCUUGCUAAUGCACUUACAUAUCUCCAUACUGCCUUUCCCAGGCCAAUCAUUCAUCGGGAUUUAAAACCCAGCUGUAUUUUCUUGGGCCAUGAUUAUGUUCCCAAACUCACCAACUUCUCACUCUCCAUUUCCAUUCCUCCUAUGCAGUCUCAUGUUGAAGAUGAUCUGAAAGGGACAUUUGGGUACCUUGAUCCUUCUUACAUGAAGUCUGGUUACAUUAGAGAAAAAAGUGAUGUUUAUAGCUUUGGUGUGCAUUUACUUGUAUUCUUAACAGGACCAAAAGUCGUAGAUAAAUAUGACGCAAUAGAAUACCAAUCGAUUAUUGCAUAUGUGAAACAACAUGUUAGUGAAAUCGGGCAGAUUCAGACAAUUGUGGACCCUAAAAUCAAUGAGGUUGUAAGGGGAGAUGAGAAAGUGCAGCAGCAGUUGCAAGAUUUCCUACAACUGGCAUUGUCAUGCACUCAAGACGAAAUUGAAAGAAGGCCAUAUAUGACAGAUGUGGCUAGAGAACUCGUUCGAAUUGACAAGAUAUGACUAGUGGUUGGAAGAUGAUCAGUGUCCUGAAUGUUGAACUCACUAACCUUUGUAUGGUGUUGGUUGUUAAUGUGUUGCUGUUAUUUUCAUUUUUCUGUUAAUUUGUAACAAAUAUGAUAGCUCAGAGUAGAUCUCUUUGGAUUUCUUGUGUACUUAUAAAUUGCAUUUUCCCGUUUUGAUCAUUA